AUGUUUUACUUUCAGAGAACAGUCUAUAUAAUGAUGACAACAACAGAUCCAUCAUCGUUGCCUGCCAGUAAAAACGUUUCACAUUCGGCAGUUAUUACAAAAGAAGUUGAAUCACGAACUAAAGAGUCACCUGAUCAUUUAUUUGAGGUAUUUUUAGAAAUUCGUGAACCAGUGAACGAAAAUGAUCAGGCAGAUAUUAUUCUUAAAUAUCCACCAGAUUUUGCCGAUGAUAUGCUAAAAUCAGCAGCUAGUUUUGCUUAUCCAUGCAAAAUAUCGUUAGAAGACCAAGGCGAACAUUACACAUUUGUACUUGUUGACUCCACCGGUGUAUUAUUUCGUUAUGGAUAUUGUCGGCGUUCAAACAGAGGAUCAACGUGUUUGUGUAUGUUAAGCUAUUAUCCCUGGUUUGAAACAUUUUAUACAAUUUUAAAUGAUAUAUCUCAAAUAAUCAAUUAUCAAACGACAGUUGAUUUAGAUACCUAUCUAUCUUUAUUGUACAGUUAUAAAUUAUUAAUGAUAGAUGAAUUUUAUAAGCAAGAAGGAAAAGAAAUAAUACAAAUCAAGUGUUCACAGAAAGAAUAUUCUUAUCAACGUCCUGAUUUGAGAAAAUUGCCAGCUGUUACAUCGAGCCGUAAUUUUGCCGUUAUGUAUUCUCGUUUGGGCCCCGAUAUUAUGUUACAAUUAUUUUCUCAUAUUUUAUUUGAACGUCGCAUUUUAUUUGUAUCAUCAAAAUUAUUUCAUUUAACAGCAUGCGCAUGUGGAUGUUUGCAUUUAAUUUUUCCCAUGCAUUGGCAAAGUAUAUUUGUACCUGUAUUACCAUCUUCCAUGUCUUGGUUAUCCCAAUGUACAGUACCAUAUAUUAUUGGAGUUCAUACAAGCAUUUUUUCCACAUUAAAUAUUAGCGAAUUAGGUGAUGUUGUCUGUGUAAAUAUUGAUGAACGAACGAUUGAAACCCAGUAUGAUGAUUUAAGUCGAAUUCCAAAACAUCUUCAUCGUAGCAUGAAGAAAGGUGUUCAACAUUCGGAAAAAUUACACGGUGAUGGUUUAGCAAAAGUAUUUUUACGAGCAAUGGCUUUUAAUAUUGGCACAUAUUCGAAUGGUUUUAUCUUAAAAGACGAUACAUUAGAUUUUGAUCGUGAUCAGUAUCUUCGUCAAUAUGAAAAUACACCCAUACAUGAAUAUAUGUCAGCUAUAGCACACACGCAAAUGUUUGAACAGUUUUCGAGAUAUCGUACAGACUCAUUAACAACAGCGUUCGAUGAUGAAUUUGAUAUUGAAGUUAAAAAUAUACAACAGUUACAACAAAACAAAAAAAUGAAAAGCAGCAAGAAGUUUCAUAGAAUUUUAGAAAAAUAUGUAAAAUAUGGUGUUGUUCCUAACACUACCUUAGACAAACGUUCAACAUUAAGAAAGCGAUUAUCUUUAUUAGAUAAUCAUGAAACGGUAUCAUAA